GUCCUCCUCCUUCAUCUGCAUAGGGUUAUCGAGGAGGCCCCCUGAGGACGACGAAUAUCUACGGCGCCGUGAACCUGGCGGCGGUUUGCGAGAUGAGUUCCGAAGCUGACUGGGCUUUGCGAGACCUCGAGCGAUGGGCGAAGAGCAAGGGCAUCCACACGUGAGCACACGCGCGUCUGUGCAGUGCCAUUCGCCUGAUCUGUAUAUAUGAUAUUCCUACUGUGUGUGCUGUGUGUGUGCGUGUUGGUGUGGUGUCAUCUGCAGCCUCGAGGUAUUGGAGGUCAAUAUCGACGGCAGCGCGCAGAACAGUCAGCCCAGCAGCGUCAAGAUACGGUAUGCGACCCACACACCACGCUGACAUCGGGCACGGUGCUGGUGUGGUCGUGUGAUGGUGUCAUUCAGGCUGGACAAUGUCCGUGUCGACAUCAUCGGGUACGCACACGAGGGCAGGGGAGCGCAGGCAAGGGAGGGGAGGGGAGGGAAGGGGACGAAUGGGCAAGGUGUAGGUCAUAGACACAUCCAUGCGUUUGUGUGACGAUGCUGUCACGGCAGUUUGCAGGGCGGCAUGCUCAUCAACGUCAUUGACGACCACUCCAGUGAGCUCGAGACGAUGGUCAAGGCGUGCAGCAGCAGGGUACGUACGCACCCACGCCACACGUUGGCAAACAGAAUGACAGACUGACAGGAAAUACCCAACCAGCCAGCCAAGACAAACAACGUCACUAGCUUAGUCUGUGGGUGAUGUUCAGGCGAUGGAGGGGCGCUACACUGUCAGACGUAAGCUACCGGACACAUGCAUGUCCUACCGACGUCUGUAUGCUUCAUCCUUCCCUCUGCAGAAGCCUUUGAGGACCUGCUGACUGAGUACAAGGCCACCCUCAUGGCCUCACCUGACGGGAUACGCCAGGCAAGCACACAGACACAAUGCAGGGGGCGGGCAGGUCAGUCAGGACACUGUGCUCACGCCCCGUUGCGUGUUGAUGCGUUGCUUGCUUUGGUUGCUUGGCACCAGAGGUUCGACGCGUGGAGGCAGGCCAACCUGAGCAAACUCGGCGACAGGGCAGACCACACCGCGUUCAUCAGAUUCGGUCCGCACAGAUACCCACGCACCCACCCACCCACACAUACAUCUUUGGCCCCUCAGAUUCCCACGACAACGCGGCGACGGUCGAGUUUCUCGGGUGGCGUGUGUCGCUCGUUGAGACCGAGAACACCUACUUCGUCUCAAGCUUCGCCGAGUCCUCAGAGGAGAACAUCAACGAAUGGAUCGUACGUGACGACCACACGGGCACAUAUGCAAUGGUCCGUCCGUAUGGUGUUGUGCUGUUGUGGUGGGGGUGCUCUCAGAAUCGCAGCUGUGAGUACGCCUUCCAGGAGGCCAGCGGGCGCACCUUCGAGCAGAUACUCGACUACCUCCUCAAACACGCACCACACGUACGUAGCUAAGAUGGACAUACAGAGAGAGAAGGAGAAGGAGAGGGGGGGAGAUGGGGUGCUGGUGUGUGCUUCUUCUUCUUCUCAUUCACAGUGUUUGUUGGACGGGGAGGGCGACGCGGCGAUGCAUGACGACGACUACGGCGAGGAUGACGGCGACCAACUCCACUUCUCGACGAAUUUCCAGACAUGGGCGGUGCAAAAGAGGAUCCCCGUCGGGUCGCCCCUCCAAAACGAGAUCGAGAAACGCGUCCGCGAACCAUUCGGUACACUUCACAUGCACCAUGCACCGAUACUUAUGUUUGUUGUUUGAUGCUCAUGACGGUGGCGGCGCUGUUGUUGAUGCAGGUGGCGUAGACGCGAUUCGCGAGGCGUUCAUCUGCAAGGCAGGCAAACCCGUCCCGUCCCAUCCCAUCCAUCCCAUCCACGAUGGGCCCGGCCCCUACACGCGGAUAUCCGUGUACUUGUGUAUGUAUUCGUUUAGGAGGUGGAGAGUGGGCGCAGAAAGUGCUGCACCAAGUACGGCGCGGGCAAGGUGGAGAUCGGAUGUCUGCCCGAGCUCGGAUUCGUGCAACUCGCCAUCGACCUCGGUGGGCGGGGGAAGCGGAAACCUAACCGUCUAGACGCCUGCAAGUGCACAGUCAUCUCUCUCUCUGCCGUGUUCGUAUGGUGUCAGCUGGGAUGGAGACCGACGCGGCGACUCUGAGUCUGAUAGGCAUCCCCGCCAACACGCCCGUCGUGUGCAGCUUCCUCUUCUCACAGGGGGUACGUGGGGCGCCCAACCACACUCGCAACCUUUUGCAUGGCUCUUCGUUGCCCCUUUCCAUCUGUCUGUCUGUCUGUCUGUCUGUGGGUGCGGUCUGUGGUAUGGUGUGGUGUGGCGUGCAGGCGAUGAAGGCCCGGUCCUUUACGGACGCGUUUCGCGACUUCAAUGCGUCGGACCAUUUCUUCGUGUGGCAGAACAAACUCUACGGCACAGAGGCCGCUGAAGUGGUGCGUACGUCUGUUCACUUGAUCAAACUGCUGCACGUGGCGAAUAUUUGUGUGCGCCGGUUGUGCACACAGGGCGGUGAUUCCUCACCGCGUGUUGGUGGGGUGGGCAGCAAGGAGCAGAAGGGCUACGGCACCUCGCAUAUCAUCCCCAAGGUCAUGACCAUCACCAUCACCUCACACCAGGACCAUAUCAACCAACAAAUUGCGUUUGUCUUGUCUGCUCUUUCCUGCGAUGGUUGGUUGGUCCGUUGGUGCGUCAGAUAUUCAAGGGUUUCAUCAAGGUGAGCACUGAUGCAAAGCCUCGCUCCCUCCUUGCAAUGAUGCGUCCGAAUGUGUGUGUCCCGUCCCGUGCAGGAGUACAUCCCCAAGUCGUCGUGGCGUCCCCCCCUGCCCCCCCAGGCCUCAUCCACCGGCAAGCGCCGUAUCGACCACGACAACACGACCACUGCCAGCAUGGACGUCGACCCCAAACCCGCGCCGCCCAAGCCCCAUGCCGCCAACCACCAGCAGCACCACUCGCCCCUCGCUCACAAGCCCCUCAAGAGCAUCCGGACCAAUGGCAUGGCAGACCAUCACGCCCAGCAGCACGCCGGCCAUUCAGGCGCCGAGAAGACGCUGUGCGACAUGGGCUUCGACAUCGCCAUGGUCAGGAACGCACUCGCCGCUGCGCAAGGUCAGUUGUUUUGGCAACUGAUAAGGGAGAUGGAAUCUUUGGGUCUUCCGUGGGUUCGUCCUUGGAUGCGUGAGUGCGUGUUGUUCUGUUGGUUGUGUGCAGGCAAUGUGGAGACGGCGGCGGCGUUUCUGCUUGGCGACGAGCAGCCCGCGCAGGUGGCCCACUCCGACGGCGCGGCAGCGUCGGCAGCGUCUGGGGCGGCAAACCAGCACCACCAACAACAGCAGCAGCGGAAUGGACGACAGGUUGGUGCUGGUGCGGGGCAGGUCGAUUGCACAGCACAACACGACACGAAACACGACGACGGCAUGGAUGGCUCCAUGUGGGUCCUUCCUUCGUGGCUUCAUCUCUUCUCAUCCAGAAGGUUGGAACCUCAAGCUCGUCGUCGUCGUCUCGCGUGCGAGGUGUGUUUGGGGGGCUGUUUGGCGGCCGUGGGUGGGGCGGGGGUGGCGGCAAGGGCGAUGCGGGUGAUGGUGGCGGGGAUGGUGGGGAGGACUAUGACGGCACGGGUGACGUCCUCAUGUACCACCACAGGGGGGACGCUGUCAACUUCUUCAGGUGAGGGAGGAGCACGUCCCUGUGAAAGGGUGAAUGGGUGAAUGGACGAAUGGUGUGUUGGUGGGUGGGUGGUGCAGUGACUUUGUGGAGCACAUAGGGAAGUUCUUCGCCAACAUCCACAAGUACUGCGUCAUCUGCUUCAACCCACACGCGGUACGACAGAGAGACAGGUGCAUCGCACCCACAUACUGGCCUUGACGCCUGCCUUGUCGAUACAUGCGUUUGGCUGGUAGGACGUCCUCUGCCGCAAGCUCUUCCCCUGCAACAACGUGAGAGAGAGGGGGGGAGAGAGAGAGGAAGAGAGAGAGAGAGCCAUCGGUGCCUCCCCUCUCUGUGAAUGGAUGCUCAAAUGUGUGCUGGUUUUGCAGGAGCUGUGCAUCUUUUCGUAUGAGGAGUUCGUGGCCACGGUGUACGCCGAGCUGCAGGACGACAAAGACCUCGUCGACCUACACGUCCGUCCGUCCGCACACACGCAUUCACACAUACACAUGUGCGAAUGUACUUACGUGUGCGCUGUGUGUGGUCUUUGGCUGGGCGGGAGGGAGCAGUUGUUUCUGGCGGGGUGUGCAUGCAACAGCCAAGACACCUACGUGGAGCCAUUCCCACCGCACGUACGCACCCAUUCCACGCACCUACACCCACACCCACACCCAUACACGAGUCUAUGGAUUAUGUGCCAGUUCUUGAAGCGCCACGAGAUCCGCACCCGAUCGGGCAUCUACGACAACCGUAAGCACCACACAAGACAAGACAACGCAUCACAUCGCGCGGACUGCACGUACACGCGGGAAUGCUAUCUGUGCGUGGGUGUGUCUUUGCAGCCAACGCACUCAAAUCGGGCACGGCGAGGUAGGGUGGGCGGUCAGUGCUGCUUUCGUCCACUCAUUCAUUCAUUCAUUCAUUGUGUCUCUCUGUCUCUGUGCAGGGCAGGGUAUGCGUACGGUGGCGGGCAGCCGCAGAACAACCCCGACAGCAACAAAGACCUCUACAAGUGGGGAUCGAUCCACACAUACACAUACACAUAUAUGUAUGUAUAUACAUGAACAUAUACAUACAUACACAUAUAUACAGACACAUAUACAUAUACAAGCACGUGUACAUGUGAUGUGAGUAUGGGUCAGGAUGAAGCGCUGUUUCCAGAAGCUCCCGUCCGUCAAGGAGCUGGCAGCGUGCUCAUCGGAGGAAGCCAUCAUCUCACUCCUGCGUACCCAGCCUCACACCCACUCACGCCCACCCGCCCAUCCAUCCAUCCAUCCAUCCAUGGGUGCCUGUCUGAAUGAAUGAAUCUGUGAAUGGAUCAUUUCCAGGUCGCGAGGGCAGCGAUGAGGACGAGCCCGGUGAGGCGAGCGACCCGAUGCUGCCGUACAAGCUGGUGCAGUUCGUGCUGGCCACCAAUCGCAUGAUCAUACGACGAAUCGACAACACACCCGAAGCCAUUCCUGGGGUGGGCUGCGUGAGGAUGGAUGGAUGUCACCUUGUUUGACGGUGAACGAACGUGUGUGUCUUAUUGUAGUUGAGCAACGUGAUGCAGCUGGCGGUGUACAAGAAUGCGCCAGAGAGGGAGGGUACGCACGGAGAAAGAGCCUAUGUAUCAUCUGUCCCUUUGUCACGCCUCUGUCUCCAUCGCGUAUGGGUGCAGAUGCGUUUGCGCAGCUGAGAGCCGCGUCCGGCCGUGGCAGCGCCUUCGCGUUCCACGGCAGCCCCGCACACAAGUGGUACAGGUACGACCUUGACACACAUCCAUCCAUCCAUCCAUGCACUCGUGAGACAUCAGACAGAUGUUCGUAUGGAUGGCUGCAGCAUCAUGCGCAACGGGAUCCGCAACCUGUCCAACACGGCCCUCAUGACGGCCGGCGCCGCGCACGGGGCCGGCGUAUACCUGGUACCCACGCACACAGACACAGACAGACAGACAGACAGACAGAUGCUGAUUGACUGAUCCGUGGAUGGAUGGAUGGAUGGCUGCGUCGUGCUGUUUUGUGCUGUUUUGGGUGUAUGUGUUGGGUGCAGUCCAAGAACAAGGAGCUCUCUCUCAGCUACUGCCAGGUUUGUCCACACGUGUCUUUGACACCAUCAACCCAUCUAUGCAUAGGUGCGCUUUUGGAUGUAAAAUAUUGUGUGCAGGGUGCAGGGACGACGGUGUACAACAAGAGCAAGGCCCGCUCGCGCCUCGUCCUCGGCGUGUACGAGUACAUCAACGACGACUCCUGCAGGAAGGUACACAUGGGGGCGCACAGGCUCUUUGUACCCAGCCAGUAUGGUUGUCCGCCAUGGGUGCACGCACAGGAUACUGGCCACCAGAUAGUGACGGUGCAGAACGACAAGGCGUUGCUGAUGCGCUUCAUGUUGAUAUGGGAGUCGUCCAGCGCCCCCGCAUCAGGGGGCUACUACGGCGGCCGGGGCGAGUACGGCAGCCUCACUAUCGAGCAGGCCAAAACAGCGUGGGACAAGGUGCGCAUGCGCACAACACAAGAACACAGAGCCGUACCCACUGGCUAGUUGCUGUCUGCUUGUCUGUCUGUCUGUCUGUGCAGUUCCAGGAGCGUAUGCAGCGUGAGGAUCGCGAGCGUCAGCAGCAGGAGAGCGUGGCCACGCUCGACCUCUCGUUCGUGCACAAACCCAUAGACGAAGACCUGCAGCCGAAAAGGCACGCACCCGCACAAAAGAAAUGCAGACGUAUCCACAUCCGUCUCUUCUCUGUGGGCAGGAACAUCAGCGGCGACCGUCGGAGUGCCAGGCCACCUGGUGAGCACAUAUCCAGACCAACUCACCAAUUGCCGCUUUAUGCGUCUCUCCUUGUCUCUCUCUGGCCGUGUACCCAUGCACCCCCCUGUCAGACCCUGUCCCCCCCUGUGAGUUUGAGCGUGACCGCCCCUGUCCGUCCCCCGAUGCCAUGGACGAGGACGACCAGGUGGCAGAGGACGAUCAGUUCGAGUUCGAGGACGACGACAACGACAUGCCCCUCAUCGACAACGACUUCGCCAGGCCCGCCGAGACGCAACACGACAAAGAGCAACGGCUCAAGAAACAACUGGUCUGCGGGUGGUCGAAAAUGAGGGAGGGAGGGAGGGAUGGACUCGUGUAUGGUGCGGUGUCUUUGGUUGUGUCAGGAGGAGCAGGAGUUGGACAAGCGGAUGGAGCAGAUCGAGAAUCGCAUGGAGGAGAGCGGCACACUCACCGCCGACAAGGUGAGAGAGAGAGAGAGAGAGAGAGAGGACCGAACACAUAGCUAUUGCCAGUUUGUUGGCUGCGCUUCAAUGCACUGCAAUGUCUUGCAUGGCCGCAGGCGUCGAGCGCCGCCACAAGGACGCUGAUGAAGGAGUUCCGAUCGCUGAUGCGCCUCUCACUGACCAAAGACAAGGGUACGCACGCAUGAAGGCAUCGGCGCAUUGGCACGUCCCUUCGUCCGUCCGUACUUUCGUCUGUGUGCACACUCCACCGAGUUCAUGCAGAUGGCAGCGAGUCUUCGACAGGGUUCGAGGUCACGUUGGUGCGUGAGAACAUGUACCACUGGCAGGUCAAGCUCACGGCCGACGGCUUCCCCAACGACGCCCCACUCAAGAAAGACCUGCUCACCUUCGCAGAGAAAACCAAGAAGGUCAGCCACUCUCCCACUCACCCCGAAUGCACCAGGCAGGCACAUGCAUGAAUGGGUGCUUGGGUGGGUGCAGGAGGCUGCAGUGGUGAUGGACGUGCUCUUCCCGGGCAACUUCCCCUUCGCCCCGCCGUUCAUUCGCGUCAUACGACCGCGAUUUGUCUUCCACACGGGUAACCCACACGAAGUGUAGUGUUUCGGUGGGUUGGUGCCUGAUGGGAUGACCAUGUAUGUGUGCCUGGCAUGCAGGUCACAUCACGGUGGGUGGCAGCAUCUGCAUGGAGCUGCUGACGCCGUCGGGGUGGCGGCCGACCUACUCGAUCGAGUCCGUCCUCAUACAAAUCAAGAGCGAAGUCAUCGGUAAGCAAACACGGCACGGGAGAGAAUGAUCCACCGCUGAGUCUGUCUACACGUCAAUGUAUGUGUCAAUUCAUGUAUUGCGUGCUUCAUCUGCAGAGGGCGGCGGUCGCAUUGACUUCAACCAUGUGAGUGAGGUUGUGGGGAGUGACUUGGUGACUGGGUGACUGGUUUGGCGCCCAUACGUGCGUUUGUUUUUGUUUUUCCUUGCAGUGUGGCGACUACACUGACGCUGAAGCGAGGGCCGCGUACGACCGGGUGGCCCGCCAACACGGCUGGAUCAAAUGAUCCAUGCAACACGCAUGGACACAUACUCACCCACAGAGAACAUCCAGACACACAUAACACUGCUCUGGGGGCGGGCGGGUGCAUGUGUACACAAUACAGACGUACAGACAUGAUGAUCGCAUCGAGAGAGGGAGAGAGCAUACAUACAUAUUAUAUACAUACCCAUAUGCCAACACACCUACGUGAAUUCAUGCCAUCUCCCCCGGACGGAGAGAUGGUUUGAAAUUUUGACCCGAGCAUCUUUGCAUAGAUGCAUCCACUUGUGCCAAUGAAUGCAUUUUUGCCGGCUGUGUGGGGGAGAGAGAUGAGAGAGAUGGCGGUGCAAUGUCUGCAGAGCAAAGCGGCGGCUCUAGUAGGGACGGAGAGAGUGAGAGGAGCGAAACGACUGUAUGUACCAUAUACCCAAACCGCCUGCCUGCCUGCCUGCAUACAUGACCUGCAUACGUGCAUGCCUCUCUGCCUCCCGUGUAUUUAUUUGUGUCCAUCGACUGACUGACCGACUUAUUUACUCAAUUUCACGUCCAAGUUUUCCCGCUAUCCCCAGCCGCCCGUUCACGUGCGCGUGUCGGUGCCGCUGCCUGGGUGAUGGACUCACUCAGUAUUACAUCUAUAUGUGUCUACAUGGACUGAUGAUCUGGACCACUUGCCUGCCUCCCUGCCGCCCUCUCUCAAUCCUCCGUCAACCCACAGAAUCCACCGUCUGUCGUGUGCUGGCAGACUUAGAUCAAAGUUACGGAAGCGCAAUCGCCAAGGCGCGCUUCUGCUGGAACCUGACGGCGAUUCUCUGUCAGUCCUCAUCCCCUACUCUGAUAGCAUACGUCUGGUGCUCGUGCUUAUACCGGACUGCGACAGCACGUGCACACGGUGC